AUGGAGGAGUUGAAAACAAGAGGAAGGAACCGAGAAGAUCGGCACAAAGGAACAUGGGAUCCGUUCCUCUUGAAUCCGGCAGGAGCAGAGAAGGAGCAGAAAAGGACAUGUUUCCGACUAGCCCAAUAUUUAGUGACAAUAUUAGUGGGCCUGGCUGUUUUGACCACUGCUGUUCUAGCAAAGGGCUCAUUGCUGGUGCUGUCCACUUUGUCCAGUCCCACCUCAAUGCGCAGCAAACAGGAGAAGCAAUUCUAUAUGCUCAUGUUAGUCUUUGUCCUCGUCUGUCCUAACCUUCUUGUGUUCCUCAAGUCUCUGUGGAGAUGUGCCUUCAAGAGUUUUGUCCGACCAAACUUCAAAACUAUGUCCAUUAUUUGUGCCAUUGAGUGCCUGGUGUCUCUGGGGACCUCCAUCCUGGUGCUGGUUGUCAUGCCUAAAUUUGAUGUUCUGACUAAUCUUUUCAUCAGUGGAGGAGUAUGCAUUGUGUCCGCAGUCCUACAGAUCAUUUUCAGACUUCAGGCCGAAUCUUGGAAAUUGAUCUUCCCAGUUUGCUCCCUGAUUCUCACAGUAGCAGGCUACUGUCUCUUGGGCAUUGACUACUAUGCCCGUGUAACAUCAUUCGUGGACAGACAGGGUGAUGACUGCUACUUUUACAUUGUCAUGGGCAUUUUGUCAUCGCUGCUCAUCUCCCUCUGCUGGUGGGAAAAUUCACUGCAAGCAUCUAACCGUAUGCAGGACAGACUGCGUGAGUUGGAAGGAUUUCGGGACUUUGUGUACUGUAUCAGCAGUCUUCUAAGGAUAAUAGUUAUAGGAGGUGUGUACCUGCUCUACCAUUAUUUCAUUGCCAAGACAAUAGUUUGGAAAGAGUUUGUAAUAGAGAAAGCUGACGGGCAGCUGCUGCAGACUGGACUAGGACUGUUAUUCUUACAGGCCUGCUGUGCAGCUGCCUGCCACUGGUUUGGUGUAGUGGCCUGCAAAAUUCAUGCUGUUAGACUGAGUUUUGCUCUGCCAGUGUGCUGUACAGGUCCUGUUGUGCUUUUGUUGGGACUUGUAUUGUUCAUGACUGAGUCCAAGUCAUUGACUGAAUUUAAAAGUGUCUCUUUUACAGAGUUUUGUGAAAGCCUUGAGCUUGUCACGCACAAAAACGCAACUUCAAUUAUACUGCUCGAGGUCAUCAGGAGUAUUUGCCGCACAUCACUGAACAGUUAUUAUGACCAGUGGCCGUUUGCUAUGCUGGUUAUGGAGGGGUUGUGUAUGUGGUCUGGAUUCGUCACCUGCACUUACUAUGUGUGGAAGAUAAAGGUCCAGCGCAUAGAGAGAACAUCACAGCUCUUUGUGCGAAGACUGUACGAAUCCUGCUUCAUUGACCUCUCUCUGUUACUCAACACUAAGAUGAAGGUGGCAAGAACUGAAAACCAAGAGAGCUCGGACGAAAUACAGAACUGUGUAAUCUACCUCUGUGCAACUAUGUGGCAUGAAACCUACGAUGAGAUGCUAAAGAUCAUAACAUCAAUGUUUAGGCUGGAUCGAUACCGAGGCGAUCCAGGAAAGCAACACAAUGACUGCUUUAACUUCGAGUGUCACGUAUUUGUGGACGAUGCCUUUAUGACUGAAAAGGAAACGGGAAAAAGAUUGGUUAAUUCUUACGUCAGUGACCUGGUUAAUGUUGUCAUUGAGGUUUACAGAGUAUUCACUCACAAAGAGCCAGAUGACGUGUCAAUCAUUGAGACUCCGUAUGGAGGCAGGCUUAUGGUCGUGCUGCCACAAGGAAACCUGUUCUUGGCUCACCUCAAAGACAAGAGUCUCAUCCGGAACAAGAAGAGAUGGUCACAGAUUAUGUAUUUAUAUUACCUGCUUGGAUGGAAGGGUUAUGUUGACAAGAAUCCUCAAAAAUUAAAAUACAAGAGAGAAAGCAUGCAAUCAUUGGAUCGUGAAUCUGAAUUUUCAAACAUAUAUAUCAUGCGUCAAGAAGAUAUUGAGAUCUACAAUAGGAAGAACAUUUCAGAUGAAAACACUUACAUCCUGGCUUUGGACGGAGACACAGAUUUCCAUCCUAAAGCUGUGAUUCUUCUUGUAGACAGAUUACGUAUGUAUGAUAAUGUUGGUGCAGCCUGUGGCAGGAUUCAUCCAACUGGAAUGGGUCCAAUGGUAUGGUACCAGAAGUUUGAGUAUGCGGUGGGCCAUUGGUUACAGAAAACAGCAGAACAUGUGUUUGGCUCUGUGCUGUGCAGCCCAGGCUGCUUCAGUCUCUUUCGAGGCUCAGCUCUAAUGGACGACAAUGUACUGAAGAGGUACACCACCAAAGCCUCGCGAGCCUCAGAGUAUGUGCAGUAUGACCAAGGGGAGGAUCGUUGGCUGUGCACGUUAUUGUUGCAGCAAGGAUGGCGUGUGGAAUACAACGCUGCAUCAGAUGCAUACACAAACUCACCCCAAGAGUUUAAAGAGUUUUAUAACCAACGAAGAAGAUGGGGCCCAUCUACAUUAGCAAACACACUUGAUCUUUUACACAGUGGUUCAGAGACAGUGAAAAGAAACACAUCCAUCUCGAGGCUUUACAUUUUUUACCAGAUGUUCACUGUUGGCUCCUCUAUUCUUGGACCAGCCUCUGUGACUCUGAUGAUAGCAGGUGCUUUUCAGUUUGUUUUCCAAAUUACUGGAACAAUCUCCAUCAUCAUAGCAAGCGUUCCCCCUGUGUUCUACAUCCUCAUCUGCUUUAUCACUAAAGCCAACACCCAGAUCACCAUUGCUGGGAUAAUGAGUGUCCUCUACGCUUUUCUGAUGAUAGCUUCUUUCUUCUCUAUCAUUGGUGACAUGGUUAUGCAGAAGACGUUCCUGACACCCACUGGGGUAUUUUUAGUGUCCAUGACCGUCAUGUAUAUGAUAACAGCUAUUCUCCACCCAGAGGAGUUUGGUUUGAUCAUGUAUGGCCUGAUGUACUUUAUCUGUAUUCCCAGUGGCUAUCUCCUCCUGACCAUUUACUCUCUUGUCAACAUGAACAACGUGUCAUGGGGCACAAGGGAGACCAACAAGGGAGAGGUAGAAGCAAAGAAGCUCCAGAACGUCCUGUGUGACAAGAACUGUCGGCUUUGCUGCUGGGACAUGAAAUUACAGGUAACCCAAGAAGCAGAGAAUGUAAUGUUUCAGAAGAUAGGAGGACAUCCUGCACUGCUAGCCCCUCCACUCCUCGUUACCAGCCAGCCAACAACACAAGAAACAGCCUUAAUGCAGCAGAGCAAUGACUUGCCCAAAGAAACACAAGAAAAAGAGAAAGAAAAAGAGGAUAAACUAAAUCUGUUUGAAAAACAAGAGACAAAAUACAAUCAUGUAGCUUCUAUUUCCAGCAGUGAUUACAGCAGCGAUAAGAAGAGCGUAUUGUCCUCGGACUUUGAUGAAGAUGAUGACGAUGUGAACUACAGCAUCUAUGGUGUUCUUGCAGAUUGGGUAUAUCCAGUGAAGGAGGAGUUCCUAAAGAAGUUGACUUAUGCAAAUAUGGCAAAAAACUUAAAGGAACAGAUAAGGUUUGUACUUCCUGUCAGUGAGGAUGAGCUCUGUGAUGAGCUGGUGUUGAUGUUAAAUGACACACUCACCACAGAGCUCAGCAGAGUUGGGCCUGAAGAUAUCCCCUCAAACUGCCAACUGGAGGAACUGAGGGAUGCACUCACCAGACAAGCAAGACAAAUCCUGAAGAAUAACCAUAAGAAAAAACUUGAAAAGAAAGUCAUGAGCGCUAUUGAGAAAACCCUCAGAGCCCCACAAGUCAAACAACUGAAUGAGGAUGAAAAUGACUUCUGGAAUAAGUUAAUCGACCGAUACCUGAAACCAAUUGUUGACAGCCAGGAGCAUAAAGAUGAAGUCAGCAAAGAGCUGAAAUCACUGCGCAACAAGGCAGUCUUCCUCUAUUUUAUCAUAAACAUUUUAUGGGUGGUUGCAACAUUCUUCCUGCAAGCAAUUGGAAAUGACGUGAUCAGCAUCAAAAUCCCUAAAUAUUAUUCAAACGGCAGUCUUUCAACUGAGUAUUUAAAGGUUGAACCUCUGAGCUUGAUGUUCCUUCUAUCCUUUGCCAUUCUACUUGUGGUCCAAUUCCUGGCGAUGUUAUAUCACCGGGUCUAUACUCUUAUUCAUAUUGUAUCUUAUCGGAGCAAAGAAAAGGACUACAUAGAGAAGCCUACAACAUAUGACCCAGAAAGGGAUGAUCACUUCAUUGAAGAAAACCCUGGAGCCAUUGAACUCAUGAUCAACAAAGAUGAUCUGCAUUCAUAG